AUGAUUGCCGACGAUAUACUGCAAAAGUUAGAAGAAUUCGAUUUAUCAGACCUGGAUUCAAAUAGUGACACUGAAUAUGAGGAUGAAACAGAGUACACCAGACUGAAUCAAGCAAGUCAAUUUACAGUUUCAAAACCAUUGGAGAAGGAGGAUAUCGUGACUAAAUAUGCCGAUAAAAUCAAAACUGAGCCAUUCAAAAAGGGACCACAAGUUACAAAAGACAGGGCAAAGAGGGCGACGGUUGAGCAAGUUUUGGAUGCUAGAACAUUGCGGUUCUUGGGUAAAAUUUUCCGUUCCGGUCUCAUUACUAGAAUUAAUGGUUGUAUUAGUACGGGAAAAGAAGCAAAUAUUUACCAUGGAACUCAUGACGACGAAGAAUCUACAGAGGAAUUUGCAGUGAAAAUAUACAAAACCUCAAUUUUGGUGUUUAAAGACAGAAAGAGAUAUGUUGAUGGGGAAUUUAGAUUCAGAAAUACCAAAGAUCAAGGUAAUCCGAGGAAAAUGGUCAAGAUAUGGGCUGAAAAGGAAUUUAGAAAUUUAAACAGGAUUUACCAAAGUAAUGUACCUUGUCCUAAGCCGUACGUCAUUAAAUCGCAUGUAUUGGUUAUGGAAUACUUGACAGAAGGUGAUGAUCAACCAUCUCCCAAAUUGAAGGACUAUCCAUUCAAAGGUAUUAACGACGUUAAUAAAUACUACCAUGAGAUGUUAAUCUGUAUGAGGCGAUUAUUUCAGAAUUGUCGAUUGGUUCACGCGGAUUUAAGUGAGUAUAAUUCUAUUGUCCACAAGGACAAGUUGUACAUCAUUGAUGUUUCGCAGUCAGUAGAACCAGACCAUCCCAUGGCUCUCGAUUUUUUGCGAAUGGACAUCAAAAAUGUGAAUGAUUAUUUUUCAAGGCAGAAUAUCGACGUGUAUCCUGAGAAGUCCAUAUUUACAUUUGUGACCGAGCCCUUGGGUAUUGAGGAUUCAGAAGAAGAUUUAAAUGCUUACUUAGAUUCAACCCCAUUAAAGACUACUAAGGAUCAAGAGAUCGAGGAUGAAAUUUUCAGAUCUUUGCACUUGGUCAGGUCGUUGAAACAUUUAGAUGAAAGAGAUUUUCAAAAAUUUUCAGAAGGGGGAGUAGAUACAAUGAGAGAGUUGGUUGCGCCUGCCCUACCGUCAGAAGAGUUAACUACUGCAACUGUUGAUGACAAUAAGGAACAAGAUGAUAAUACAAGCAAUAGCGAAAGUGAUGAAGAAUCUGAAAAAAGUGAUGAGGACCUGUCAGAUGAUGAAGAGCAAGCCAAACCCAAGGGGAAGAAAUAUGAAGAUAAGGACGAGAAGAAGGCAAGAAAAGAAGCUACAAAAUUGGCCAAGCAGGAAAAGAGAAAGACCAAGAUGAAAAAGCACGUAAAAAAGAAGCUUAUAAAUAAGCGAAAGAGUGGUAAAUAG